AUGCCUGUUGACAAAACUUUGAAGCUGAAAGGGACGGACCUCAUCCACGGAGAUUCAGCAUUCGCUGCGUCGGAAGUUGCACCAUCUAUCUCAGUUUCGACUACUUUUAGGGCGUUAAAUCCUCUCGAACAAGCUUCAACUGGCCUUACGGAUGUCGAUUUUCGGAAUCCCACUCGUCACGGUUACUCGAGGUACACCCAACAAGUUAGCACUCGAGCAGAACAUAUCUUGAGUCGCAUCAAUAUAAUUACAAAAGUCCCGCCACAGGCCCUCGUAUUCUACCGACCAAAGCGAAUCGCUAUCAGGGGCGGAUAUCAUGGAUGCCAUGCAACUAUUGCUGUCUACCAAAAAAGUCAGGAUGUGAAAGUCGAUUUGAUUGAUCUGGACGCCGAUUAUAGACCUGGCGAUCUUUGCUGGUUGGAAACACCGUUAAACCCUACUGGAGAGUCAAGAGAUAUCCAGUACUACGCUGACAAGAUACAUAAAGUAGGCGGAAAUUUGCUGGUUGAUUCAACAUUUGGCCCUCCUCCCCUGCAGUAUCCUUUCCGUUUUGGAGCUGAUUGUGUGCUCCACUCAGGAACAAAGUAUUUUGGGGGCCACUCUGAUUUACUCGCAGGUGUCUUGGUGGUGAAGACUCGUGAGGAUUGGAACACUCUUCACACCGAUCGGACUUAUCUGGGUAGUAUGAUGGGCUCUUUAGAGUCAUGGCUGCUCCUCCGUUCAUUGAGGACCCUUCACUUGAGGGUACCUCGUCAAUCUGCAUCUGCUACUGUUAUCGCACAAUGGCUGAACUCCAUCGCCAAAACUCAGGUUGGCGAGACCUACGAUGGGGUUCCAGGAGGUAUAAUAUCCAAAGUCUGGCAUUCAUCCCUUCAAGGCAAAGACGACCGUGGGUUUGACCCAGCUAAACAAAUGCAAGGAGGAUGGAAUGCAACGUUUGCUGUACUGUUUUCCAAGCCAGACUACGCUCUAAAGUUCCCUCAUGUCACAAAGUACUUUGUGCCCGCCACCAGCCUUGGUGGCGUUGAAUCCCUGGUCGAACAUCGCAUUCAGAGCGAUCCUUCUGCUGACCCGCGGCUCAUCAGGCUGAGCAUUGGUGUUGAAGAUGUCGAUGACUUGAAAGCGGACAUAAAGCAAGCCUUGCAGGUGGUGGCGACUACCAAGGCGAAACUUUGA